AUGGAGGGACUUCAUGGACUUUCCACAAAAAAACCUAGUUGUGUCGAUAUAAAUGCUAGUGCUAGAGUGCUAGUUGUCCAUGAAAUUGAAUGUCAUAUAACAUUGCCGGGUCUCUUCGAGAGAUCUCGAGCCCAAGAAGUCCUUGUCCUUGCUAAUCAGCUUACCCUCGAACCCUGGGGCCUGAGGCCUGAGGCCUGA